UCGGGCCACCCCGAGGAGGGCCGAGAGGCGGGCUCUAGCCUGGGGACGCAGGGACAGCGGAGCCCUCGCAGGGGCUGCAGCCAGAGCCUGAGACAGUCACGGAGGAACAAGUUCAAGACCUGCUGUAACUGAGAGGCCCCCAAGGCAGACGCUGGGACGCAUAAGGCACUUCGGCAGACACCUAAAAAUCUCAAAGACAGAAUAUGACUCAGGCCGACAGGAAGAAGCGGUCUACCCGCAUGUCCAAGAUGGUCACACCGCCUGCGGUAACAAGGAUGAAAGCAGUACUGCAGAAGGAGAUGGUGCGCGAGUUCCUGGCCGAGUUCCUGAGCACGUUUGUCAUGAUGGUGUUUGGUCUCGGCGCCAUAGCCCACAUGGUUCUAGGAGACAAGAUGGGGAGCUACCUCGGUGUCAACUUGGGUUUUGGCUUCGGAGUCACCAUGGGAGUGCACAUGGCAGGGAACAUCUCCGGGGCCCAUAUGAACGCGGCCUUGACCUUCACCAACUGUGCACUAGGCCGCAUGUCCUGGAAGAAGUUUCCCGUGUAUGUUCUGGGUCAGUUCCUGGGUUCCUUCCUGGCUGCUGCCACCAUCUACUGCCUCUUCUACAGUGUUAGUGACAGGGAUGCUUCAGCUGUGUCUCUUAGCCAUCACGGACAAGGGGAACAACCCAGCACUGCAAGGGACACAGGCCUUGGUGAUCGGCAUCCUUGUUGUCAUCAUUGGAGCGUCCAUGGGCAUGAACUCAGGAUAUGCCAUCAACCCCUCCCGGGACCUGCCUCCACGCUUCUUCACCUCAUUGCUGGCUGGGGCACACAGGUCUUCAGCGCCAAGGACUGUGGUGGGUGCCAGUGGUGGCCCACCCCUGGGUGCCUACUUAGGUGCCAUCAUCUACUUGAUCUUCAUUGGCUCCAGCAUCCAACAGGAGCCCCAGAUACUGGAGAACUCCCUCGACGUAUGAAGACCGCAGAACCACCUGUGUUGCCCAAGACCAUGUCUCACCCAACCCAUGACCUCUUCCCUCACCCUGUCUCUGUGUCCCCGACAACAGACCUUCAAGUCCUGUCCCACCCUUAAGUGACCCCAUCUGCCUAGAGCACCUCUAAGUAAGACUAUUUGUGACCCCAUCCCCAUCCCAAUAAAGAAAGCCUUGUCCCACAGUGGCACCCCCGGUUCCUGGGUGCCUCCUGUGGUUGGGCUUCCCUCGUGGAUUCUUCCAGGAGCCCCAGGGUUAUGCCGUAGCCCAAGGCUGAGCAUAGAGCUGAGAGGCCUCCGACUCCUUCCGGCCCUGGGAGCUGGGUCGCCCCUGGGGAAGAAAGUGGAAGGGCCAACCUGUGGCCUCGGUAAGAACAGGAUCAGAUCACAGGACACCGGACACAGAACAAUGGACUUUCAGGCACAGGGUAGGAGGGGAUAGCUUGGGGGAAGGGACACCAGCUAGCAGGUGGGGGUCAGUUCUGGAUAUACCUUGAGUGCCCUGGGAUAGGACUCUACACUCUCCCUCAGUUCUGGCCAGUCCUUGGACCAGGCAAGGCAAGUCCCAAGUGUGUAGGUCAGAGUUUCUCAAUCCUGUUUUCAUUAUCGCCCCCUCAGGAGCCUUUUAGACAUUUCUUCCUUAAUCACACAGUAUUUUAAUACCACAGAUAUACUGUAUAUCUGUUUAUGUACUGUACAUAUAUCUUUGCUUUAUACAAAAAAAAAGUAAGAUUAAAAAAAUCUCUCCCUUCCAAGGAUCCAUUUUUUCUCCCAUGGGAGCAAAGUCUCCCCCACCCUUGAAAAUGCCUGAUGAAGACUGAAAGGAGGUAAGAGAUUGGGCUCCUCUUCCUUCUUCCUGAGGCCAGAGCUUUCCCACAGUAAGGAGUUCCAGAGUUGGAAAGGAAGAUGCAGAGAGGAAAAUCCUUCCAAAGGGCACAGGAAAUGGUCUCGUGGGGUGCAGGGGGACAGGUGCAGAGGUUGGGUGGCGGUGGGGCAGCCAGAGUCCACUGACCCCGGGGUGCAGAAUCAUCUGCCUUCUGGGACUCAGAAGGCAGCAUCACCCAUGGCUCCUGUCCACUGCUCGUGCAUUUAGCCUUCCAACAAUCAUGGAGCUCCUCCUGGGUGCAGGCCCUGGGGAUGAGGCUGGGUCUCUGCCUUCGAGGGGGGCAGCCCCUACUGGGGACAGGCAAUCACAAGGAAGGAGCUAAGUGGUGAAGAGGGGGCUCGUAGCCAGCCUCAGGAGGAGGACAGAGCAGAAUGGGGCUGGGGGUUGUCCUUCCUGGGGCUGGUUGCCACACUUUAAGGUAGGAGGAGACAGCGGGCAGAGGAGGCUGGGCUUUCUUCUGGAAGUGUGGGCAUGGCAAGAUGAGGUUUAGAAAGCCCACCUGAGCUGCAGUGUGCAGGAUGCUGGAAAACGGGGAGACUGGGGCCUGCAAGGGAGAGUGGUGUGAGGCUGCUCCAGAGGAGUGGCAGGGCAGCUGACAGGUCAGCGCUUGUGGGCAGAGAGGAGAGAAGGGAUUCGCCUAACACCAAGGAGGUAAAACCUGCAGAACCUGGGCUUGGACUGGAGGAAGGAGUGGGUGAGGAAGAGGCGGGGGCCAGGGCUCACUUCCAGUUUCUGGCUUGGGCCCAGGGCGUUGGAGACGUCCCCACUGAGCGUGGGGCGUGGGAGAGGAACUGGUGUGAAGAGGAAGAUGGUAAGUUAUAUCGUGGACACAUUGACUUUGAGGUGCCUAUGGGACUUGGGCAAGAGGUGUGCAGUCUUGGGCAAGUUACUCAGCCUCUCUGGGCCUCGGUUUUCUCAUUUGUAAAAUGGGUCUAAUAAUAUUACCUGCCAUUUGGGUUGAUGUGAAUAUUCAAUGAAAUAAAAUAUGUACAAUGCUGAGCAUAGUGCUUGGCACAGA